AUGGCGAAAGACUCUCCCAAAGCUGACUUCAGCCACAUAUACAACAGGCGCGAUCCGCGCCAGUUCUUCAAGGAGUUGCAGUCCCUCGACUACCAGGUCCCUCACCAUGCUCUCCCAUUUCUACAAGCGGCAGUCGAAUGGCUGUCCAGAGACGGGGACGAGAAACCGCCGAAGGUGCUGGACAUUUGUUGCUCUUACGGAGUAAACGCAGCUCUGUUGCGUUACGAAAUUAGUUUCGCAGCACUGGUUGACCAUUCGAGCUCCGCAUCACGUCAGCCGGCAGCGGAAGAGCAGAUCGCUUCAGACGUGCGGUACUUUAGCUCCUUGCCAAAACGGUACGACAUUAGUAUUGCUGGCCUAGAUGUUGCUCAGAACGCAGUGCAGUAUGCAGUCGGCACGGGCCUUCUCACGGCAGGAUACACUGAAAAUCUCGAAAUAGAAGAGAUGAGCCCGGAAUUGCAGCAAGAGCUCAAGGAGGUGCGGCUUCUGACAUGUACUGGCGGCGUCGGAUAUGUGGGAGUUGACACAUUCUCACGGAUCAUGAAAGCCAUCAGUAAUCCAAAGAGGGUGUGGGUGGUCGCAUUCGUAUUGCGAAUAUUCUCUUAUGAUGAGAUCAGCAUCCUGCUUUCUGAAUCUGGUCUGGUAACAGAGAAGAUUCCUGAUGCAGUGUUCUGCCAACGACGUUUCGCAUCAUCUGAAGAGCAGCAGCGCGCAAUGGCUACUGUGCGGGCCAAGGGGCUCGAUCCCACCGGCUUGGAGGCUGAUGGAUGGUAUUAUGCAGAGUGCUUCAUCUCUCGACCAGAUGACGAGGUCCAGAGAUAUCCUCUGAAGGAAGUCAUCAGGAUUGUCUGA